CUGAACUAGAUGUUCUCUAGCAGCUUCAUCUUACAGAUUGCAUGUGAAGGCAAACACUUGAGACUAUUCAACAAGGCAGCGCAGCGGGAUUCCCUCCAUUUGACAGUGUCAUUCUGAAACAUCAAAAGUCACAAUCAGCUUUAAUUGAUGCAGCGCAACAUGGCCACUAGGAAGGCAGAGGUCCAGCGACGGAUUGUGUCCAAGGACGGCCACAACAAUGUACGGAUUGAGAACGUAGAGGGCAUGGUGAAGAUGUACCUGCAUGACAUCUGGACCACUGUGGUGGAUAUGAAAUGGCGCUACAAACUCACUCUGUUUACCUCCACCUUUGUCAUAACUUGGUUCAUUUUUGGGGUCAUCUAUUACUUCAUUCUCAUGAGCAACGGAGACGUUGGGACCGGUUGGUAUUCCAACCACACACACUGUGUGACAAACGUGGAGACGCUCACUGGAGCCUUCCUGUUCUCUCUUGAAUCGCAGACCACCAUUGGCUAUGGUUUCCGUCAUAUCUCAGAGGAAUGUCCCCUGGCAAUCUUCACUCUGGUGGCUCAGAUUGUGAUCACCGGCCUGGCUGAGAUCUUUAUCACUGGCGCCUUUCUAGCCAAACUGGCUCGGCCCAAGAAACGAGCAGAGACCAUCAAGUUCAGCCAGUCGGCGGUGAUCUGCUGGCACCUAGGCAAGCUGUGUCUGAUGGUGAGAGUGGCUAACAUGAGGAAGAGCCUUCUGAUCCAGUGCCAGCUAACGGGAAAGCUCCUCCAGUCCAAUGUGACACAGGAGGGUGAGAAGACACAAGUCCACCAGAGCUCUGUGGAUUUCAACAUUGACUCCAGUGGAGAGUGCCCUUUCCUCAUUCUACCGCUCACCUUCUACCAUGUUCUGGACGAGAACAGCCCGCUCGCAGGACUGAAUGCAGAAAACCUGCACACUCGUGAGUUUGAGCUGCUGGUCACCCUCAAUGCCACCAUGGAGUCGACGGCAGCCACGUGCCAGAGCCGCACCUCCUACCUUCCUCAGGAGAUCCUCUGGGGUUACGAGUUCAAGCCGGUGCUGUUCACCACCACAGGUGGCCGUUAUGUGGCAGAUUUCAACUUUUUUGACAAGGUACAAGUUAGCAAUGAAGCAGCCUUCCUCAGUAACUACACAGAGAAGCUAUUACUGGAGCAGGACUUUAAAAAAGAAUAGAGGACACGUGUCCUCUCUGGCUGAGCUGCCCGUCUGGAGGGAAUUUGCAUUUAUUUAUUUUAUGCUUUAGUGGUUGCAUAAAUAUGAGUAGUUCUUAAUUGCUAAAGUUAGACUAAAUUAAAUAGCCAUAUCAUCCAAACCUUUAUUACUUUUUGAUAGGCAUGCCUCUGCAGGACACAGAGACUGGGCAACCCGAUGCCCUCUGUCUUGUGACACUGUAGCACGCCCACUUUACGGCAUGACAUACCCCCUGAGAUAACUUCCUGGAUUAACGUUACAGCAAUAGCCCCUCAAAAGGUCUGUGCACAUCCCUGACAAAGAUUUAAUGUGUAGGUAAUCAGACAGCUUUGGAGUUGAUGGAUGGAAGGUGUACUUUUCAUUUUCAGAUCUAUAAACCAGCAGUAUCCCCCUGUUUCUAGUCUUUGUGCUAAACUAAGGUAACACAUUUGAUCACUGUCCCGCACAGAAACUGAAAUUAGUAGGCUAUGAAACUCUACAUCUGACUGCGUAACUCAAUGAACAAGCAUUUCCCCUCAAAAUAUCUGACUAAGAUACUGAUUAUCAGAACUAAAUAUACAUUACUAGCAGCUUCAAUCCCAAAACAUCAGUAUCAGCAUCUUGUGUAAAUUUCAAACUAAGAGGAUCUCUUUACCUGGAGUAGAGAAAUCUGAUAAUAGAUCAAUAUGAUUAUAUGUGCCUAUUACACAUCCACUGGUGCUGAUGUUUCUGUUUUUUAUUUGAAUGCCAUAUCCUUUCUUAAAAGAAAUCAGAAUGUGCAUGACGUGAUUCCUGGAAACAUAUGGAAGCGUUUUUUUGUUAUGUUAUUAGGACAAAUAGAUUAUGAUGGUAAUAACACAGUGGGUAUGGUGGUACAAAUGGAUAUAUGAUGUAGAAUUAAAAGGCUAAUAAAAGUGAUUGGUUUUGCUUUGCAAAUAAAGGUUUCUUUAUUAUUUAAAAAAUAAAA